GACCAUAUUAACAUGUGUUCUACCAUACCAACAUGGAUUUUCACUUUUCUCCUCGGCGUUUCUCAGCUUGCAUCAUAUUCUGCUUAUGCCUUACGAUAAGCACAAGCAUAAGCAGAGCAGAUGGAUCUCAAAAGCUGUAUAUCGUCUACCUGGGCGAGAAGAAACAUGACGACGCUGCUCUGGUCACAGCUUCACACCAUGACAUGCUCAGCGCCAUUCUUGGAAGCAAGCAAGAUGCGUUGGCCUCCAUCACUUAUAGCUACAAGCAUGGCUUCUCAGGCUUCGCGGCGAUGCUAACAGAUGACCAAGCACAAGAUCUUGCAGACCUACCUGAAGUUAUCAGCGUUAUUCCAAAUCAGCAUCAUGAGUUGAUGACCACAAGAAGCUGGGAUUUCCUUGGCAUGAACCUGAACCACAAGCCAGCAAGUAAACUUCUGCAGAGGAGCAAAUAUGGAGAAGACGUAAUUAUUGGGAUAGUUGACACUGGGAUCUGGCCUGAAUCAAGAAGCUUCAGCGACAAUGGAUACGGACCAAUACCAUCGAGAUGGAAGGGUGUGUGUCAGCUGGGACAGGACUGGGAGGGCACAAACUGCAACAGGAAAAUCAUAGGCGCACGGUACUAUGCUGCAGGAGUGGACAAAGCUUACCAAGAGAAGAAUUACAUGUCUGCACGGGACAUAAAUGGGCAUGGAACACACACCGCAUCCAUAGCAGCCGGUACAGUGGUAGAGGGAGUCAGCCUCCAUGGCCUUGGAGUAGGGGUGGCACGUGGUGGUGCGCCCCAAGCGCGCCUUGCUGUGUACAAGGUCGGGUGGGACACAACAGACCCAACAAUAACUGUGCAGGUUGCUAGUGCCGCAGUGCUAGCAGCUUUCGAUGAUGCAAUUCAUGAUGGAGUUGACAUCCUAUCCCUAUCACUUGCGGUUGAUGAAAACUCAUUUGGUGCACUCCAUGCAGUCCAGAAGGGUAUUACCGUUGUUUAUGCCGCAGGAAAUAGCGGGCCUCGACCACAAGUCAUUUUUAACACAGCUCCUUGGGUCAUUACAGUCGCAGCGAGCAAGAUCGACCGGUCUUUUCCAACUGCAAUUACCCUGGGAAACAAUCAAACCUUAGUGGGUCAGUCACUCUAUUACAUGCUUAAAAAUGAAUCCACAAGUCGGUUUAAACCACUUGUACAUGGAGGAAGUUGCUCACCGGAGGCGCUAAAUAGCACAAUAAUCAAUGGAAAAGUUGUGUUAUGCAUUGCAGAAAAAUUUGGCCCAGCAGCAGACAUGAUCUCAGACGCCAUAACAAACAUCAAAAGUGGUGGGGCAUCUGGUUUUAUAUUUGCUCUAUAUACCAUAGAUGUUCUUUUGAGCACUGAUGAUUGCAAGGGCAUGGCAUGUAUAAUUGUUGACAAUGCUAUUGGGUUUCAAGCUACAACAUACAUCGGAAGCGAGAGCUUGCCAAUUGUGAAGAUUGAGCCAGCAAGAAGUAUUACAGGAAAACAAGUUCCUGGGCCAAAAGUGGCAUUCUUCUCUUCAAGAGGCCCGUCCACCAAAUAUCCUACAGUUCUCAAGCCUGACAUAGCCGCACCUGGAGUCAACAUCUUAGCGGCCAAAGGAGAUGCAUAUGUAUUCAACUCAGGGACGUCCAUGUCAGCCCCACAUGUCGCAGGCGUCGUAGCAUUGCUAAAGGCUGUCCAUCCUCAUUGGUCUCAUGCUGCGCUCAAAUCAGCAAUUGUUACCACUGCAUUAACCAAGGAUGAAUAUGGCAAUCCAAUGUUAGCAGAAGCCCUACCCCGGAAGGUUGCCGACCCAUUUGACUAUGGAGGUGGAAACAUAAAUCCUGAUGCAGCUGCCAAUCCUGGCCUUGUUUACGACAUCGAUCCAAUGGAUUACAACAAGUUCUUCGCCUGCAAGAUCCAGAAAUACGGUAUUUGCAACAUUACAACAACAUUGCCAGCCUAUCACCUAAACCUUCCUUCCAUAUCAAUUCCUGAACUAAGGCAUCCAAUUAAAGUGCGGCGAGCAGUCACAAACGUUGGCAAGGUCGAUGCAGUUUACCAAUCCGAUAUACAGUCACCCCUAGGAGUCAAGAUCAAAGUUGAACCACCUACCCUAGUCUUCAGUGCCGCAAAGAAAGUGCACACCUUCAAGGUUAGCAUAACACCUGUGUGGAAGGUGCAAGGAGACUACACGUUCGGCAGCCUGACUUGGCACAACGAGCACCACUCCGUAAGGAUCCCGAUAGCAGUCCGGAUCACAAUUCAAGAUUUCUACGCCGAUGUUGCGUAGUAUACGAAGAAUGUCAUACAGUAUGAAAAAUAAAGAUUGGUGAUCUCUACAGUGGGUCUGGCGGGUGCACCCAUUUGUAACUGUACUUGGAGAUUUUUUUUUGCAAUAAAACAA